CUAGCUCUCUGAAUCUGACUCUCGUUGCCGAAUCUGAACCUGCCUGACUGCUGCCUUCUCUCCUGCCCUGGUGAAGUGGUCCAAUGAGAGGCGGCCGUGGGAUGGGACCUGAGAAAGCUUGAGCUUUACACAGCCACAUCAGCACUCUGAUAGAUGAGUAGAUAAGGGUGCUUUUAAAAGAAGGCACGCUUACGGCGCUCUGCUUUGCUGCAGUGUCAAAUUUCCCGCCCCCCCCCUCACCACCUGUGUUCGCCCUCAUCACCAUCAGCACACCAACAUGACUUUCAACGGCACCUGGAAAGUAGACCGCAAUGACAACUAUGACAAGUUCAUGGAGCAAAUGGGUAUCAACAUGGUGAAGAGAAAGCUAGCCGCUCACGACAACCUGAAAAUCACCAUCGAGCAGAACGGAGAAAAGUUCCACGUGAAGGAGAGCAGCAAUUUCCGCACCCUGGACAUCGACUUCACACUGGGGGUCAACUUCGAUUACAGCCUGGCUGAUGGCACCGAAGUAUCUGGCUCAUGGGCACUGGAGGGCGACACUUUGAAGGGCACCUUUACCAGGAAAGACAACGGCAAGCCACUGACAACCACAAGAAUUGUACAAGGAGAUGAGCUCAUACAGAGCUACAACUAUGAUGGCGUGGACGCCAAAAGGAUUUUCAAGAGAGCUUAGGUUUCAGCAACCAUGUGUGGAGAUUACAAACAGUAUUGUAUGACUUACUGCAUUGCUGCAUAACCUGUACAAAGUGUACUGUCUGGUCAUGCCUCGGGUAUGUUUAAAAAAAGAUUUGAAUUGCACUGGAUUUUGACUUUGUCAUAA